UUGUGCUUGCCAGGCAGGCACAGCGCCACUGAGGUACAUUCCCCGGCCUACAAAUCAUUUUUAAAUGAGAACCAGUGAAGAGCCCCGCGUUCUGCUUGUUCCCCGACUAUGCCACCACUGCGUCAGAACAAUGGAGAAUAACCACCAGUGGGGCUGAAACACAUCACUUCCAGGUCUCUUCCGGGCUCGUCUGAGUGCGGAGGGAAGUAGGUGCGCUUCCAGCGACCUCAGCCUCGACCCCACCAGUGAUACCCACGCCCGUGGCCACAUCCUGGGCCCUGGUGUUCCCGAGAACCAUUUCUUGAAGGACAUUUGUCAGCACCAAGUGGGCACGGGGUGCUCUGCCCAGCACGAAGUCCCAGGACCGGCCCUACCCAGUGUGGAAGAAAAUGAACACAGGCUAGAGCUCGCUGCCACGCGCGAAGCGGAUUCUGCCCACAAUCGCCGGGAACUGGAAGGUCUCCGAGUGCGGGGAGACCGCACCUUCUGCGCACGCGCACGUCAGGGUUUCAGCAGGCAGCGCGGCGGGCGUACGUCACCGGGCGGCACUGCGUGUGACGUCACCGGCCCGCGCCGACCGGAAGAGGCGCUGGGCGCGCACGUGGGUGGUGUCGGGUAGGGAGAGUCCAUGGCAAGUUCCGCGGGGCUGGCGUUGUGCGGGCAGGCGCUGGUGGUGCGGGGAGGCAGUCGAUUCCUGGCCACCUCCACUGCGAUCAGUGAUGAUGACAGCCUCUUCACGUAUGAUUGCAGUGCUGCAGAAAAGAAGGCGCAAGAGAAUAAAGGGGAGGACGGACAGCCCGUGGACCAGGGCACUGACACGAUUCUGGCGUCCACCUUCUCCAAGUCCGGCAGCUAUUUUGCUUUAACUGAUGACAGUAAGCGUCUGAUUCUUUUCCGUACAAAACCAUGGCAAUGUCUGAGUGUCAGGCCCGUGGUGAGGCGGUGCACGGCCCUGACCUUCACGGCCUCUGAGGAGAGGGUGCUGGUGGCCGACAAGUCUGGAGACGUCUACUCCUUCUCGGUGCUGGGGCCGCACGCCUGUGGCAGGCUGGAGCUCGGGCACCUGUCCAUGCUGCUGGACGUGGCGCUGAGUCCUGACGACCGCUUCGUGCUCACUGCCGACCGGGAUGAGAAGAUUCGUGUCAGCUGGGCCGCAGCACCCCACUGCAUCGAGUCCUUCUGCCUGGGCCACACGGAGUUUGUGAGCCGCAUCUUGGUGGUGCCUGGCCAUCCGGAGCUGCUGCUGUCCUCCUCCGGGGACUGCACCCUGAGGCUCUGGGACUACCCCAGCGGCCGCCAGCUGCAAUGCUGUGACCUGGCCAGUCUGCAGGAGCCAGCGGAGCCCUGGGGCCACAAGGCAGUGCCAGCGAGCAGCUGCGUUUCCCUGCAGAGGUUUGCCGUGUCCCGGAUCGCGUUCUGGGCCCAGGAGAGCUGUGUGGCACUUCUGUGUGACUGCCUUCCGGUGGUCUUCGUGUUCCAGUUCAUUGUCUGCCAACGGCAGCUGGCGUUCAGACAGCAGCUGAGGUUCCCGAAGCGAGUGUGGGACAUCGCGUUUGAGGAGGCGCAGGGGCUGUGGGUCCUGCAGGACUGUCGUGAGGCCCCCCUGGUGCUCUGGAGGCCCACGGGCGGACAGUGGCAGCCUGUUCCUGACAGCGCUGUGUCCCAGAGGCUCUGCGGCCAUCUCCGAGGGAGCUGGGCCAUGUUGGAAGGCUCUGGCACUGUGGAGGACGGCUUCCGGGGUCUCUACAAGGCCACCUUCGACAACAUGAGCUCCUACCUGAAGAGGAAGGAGGAGCGGCUGCAGCAGCAGCAGGAGAGGAAGCGCUGGCAGAGCCCUCCACCGGGGGGCCGGGGACAGAACAAAAAGACGCGGGCCGGGCGGGCAGCCUUGGGGUGCUGACCUUCGCCCUAGGGGCAGCUCUUGGCUUUCCUUGUCCCUGCUGGCCAGCAUCUCUUGGGGAGAGGGCAGCCUGAGGCCCCAUCAGCUCAGCCCUGGUGUCUGACUCUGGGGCCUGAGCAGGCCUUUGCCUGUGUCGGCCCUUCCGGUGGGCAGGGGCCCUGAGCACUUUCCUUCACGUUGGGGUGCUGGUGCUCACCCCACUGGCUGUUUCCCCCACGCCCCCCUGCUGUCCGUGCCCACCAUCCUCGCCAGAUGCAGCUUCCUCUGCGGAAACCUGCAGGCUCCACCACGUGUUUAGGCCGUUACGUUGCCUCCUGGGGCAGCGCUGUGUGUGUCUGCGGGGGCAGCCACUCACCCUGCAGCCACCAAUCUGGAGCGCAGCUGAUCCGUCGCUCUGUGGCUCCACAUGGUUCCCGUGCUCAGUAGCCGCUCAUGGCGACUGGCUACAUUGUGACCGGCUGCGUCUGGGCCACGCAGAAGCGUUCUGUUCACCUCCGGGGCCUGGGAGGGUGCCUGUGCAGGGGGGGGCCUUUGCUGUGGGGCCUGGGCCUCGCUUCUCGGUGGGCAUGGUUGGUGAUGCUGCUCUCAGCUUUCCAGGUCUGACUUUGCUCCAUGCACACCGCAGGGCAGGGAGCGUUCCCUUCUCGGAGUGCAGAUGCAGCCGGGAUCCUGUCUCCAGCUCCUUGGCACAUACGCUGUGGGCAGAGCGUGGCUGCCGCUGGUGAUUCCCAGAGCCAAGUUUUGCCGGCUGUUCCUGUCUCGGCGCUGCACAGUCCUGUGUCAGUGACAUCAUGGCUGCAGCUGCUGCGCCUCGUUCCUAAGUGCCUCAUUUGCCAACACCAUCAGGGUGGAGGGGCCCCGCCCUCUGGACCGGGAACUGGGUUCACUCACCCCAUGCGCACCUGCACAGUACUGUCCUCAGUCAUCAGCCAUCCUUGGCUUUAGGAGAAAUCCAGGCCUGGUCUGUCGGUGUCUUGACUCAGUGUGGGGCUCUGAGGGCUGGGGAGGUGGUGCGGGGGUGGCCUGCUGGGUGCCUGGCCCCACACACAGCACACAUGCUUGGAGCUGCAAGCUGGAGCUGCGGGCCAGAUCCUCCCUGCUCCCUAUGUGAGCCAGGAACGAUUUUGGGGUUUUAAAAACAAAAGGAAAAGUAGCUGGGGAUUUCCGUUGCCCUGCCGUGCAAGUGCAAGGUCCCGAGUUCGAUCUCCAGUACCCAAAACAAAAAAAACAAAAGGAAAAGUAAUGUUUCACGAUGGGAAAGUCAUGUUCAGCCCUUAGGGUCCGGGAAUACCGUACACUCCUGGGGCACAGCUGCUCUGCUCUGUGCUAGGACCGCAGGAGCAGGGUGACAAACCCAGAGGCUGCCGGACCCAUAGUAUUCAGUGUAUGCCCUUCAUACUGGCCCUUCUUGAGAUCCCUUUUAAAUUACAUAUUUUUACUCAGGAGGCUGAAGCAGGAGGAUCACUGCAGGUUUGAGGCCAGCCUGAACUAUGCAGUGAGACCCUGCCUCAAAAGAAAAAAAAUUGAGUGGUUACUUUUUUUAGAAAAGGCUGUUCUCGUGCCCCUUGGACCCUGGGCCUCCGCCUUGGUCCUUUGUCUUGUGUUUGCUUGGCCAGGCCCAGUGCAUGGCUCUGAGACCUGGCCCUCAGCCCAGGCCACCUUGGGGCCCUCAGUUUGGACCAGGAGGCGCCGCUGUGGCCCCGGGGCCCAACACAGGGCGCUCCUCGUGGUGUCCAGCUGGGAGGCUCUGAGCCACAGCUACACAGCCGUGCAGGGGAGUCACUGCGUCCCCAGAGGGGAGGUUGGGACCCGGGGACCACAGUGGCACCAGCACCUCACGCCUCAGCCUUCCCUCUGUGCUCCAGCCUCAGCGGCCGCAGGGCCAGGCCUGGCUUCCUGCCCCUCAGCAUCCUGCAGGACCCUAGUGCUGGAGCUGAGAGUGGGCUUUGUUCCUGCCUGCGGCCCUGGUGUCCCAGGAAUUUCAUCUACAGUAGGUUGACGUGAAUGUGGCCUGUCUGUGUUUCAAGGGUUUGUAGCUCUUGGCCCCGUCUCUGAUGCAGCACCCCAGUCCCUUCGCUCUGACCCGGUGUUGCUGCACUGCAGACCCGGACGGAACAGUGUCCUGUUCACCAGUCUCUGUCGGCCUCUCACCUCUCCCAGGAAGCCCAGGAAGCUUCUGCCUGGUUAUGCGCGUAGAUUUUAUCUAUCUUAGCUAAAUGCCUACUUUCUGUUCCCUUUUAUUUUCCUUUUUGGGACAUUCCUUGGGUUUUGUUUUACCUCUUACUGAUUAAAAGAAGUCUGGCUAUCAUGCUUA